UCUCGCAUCAAAACUACCGAGAAGGCAGAGGUGGAGAAAUUGAAGACCACAACGACAAUGCUGCGGAGAAGGAGAAACAUUUGUUGUGCUCUUCGUCUCGGAGAAACUGGUAAUCUUACGAAAUUUGUCUCUUUCUCUUCUCAAGCUUCAACCCCCAAAUUCGCCGUAAAGAAUCUAUGCACUGAAUUGAAUACAAUAGAUGAUGCUGUUGCUUUGUAUAAUCAAAUGGUUUUUCUGCAUCCCCAACCUUCCAUUGUUGAAUUUGGUCAGCUAUUCAGUGCGAUUGUGAGAAUGAAACAUUUUUGCACUGUGGUUUUGCUUUCCAGAGAUAUGGAACUAAUGGGAAUUCGACAUAAUCUUCAUAGCUUGAGUAUAUUGAUCAAUUGUUUCUGCCGCCUACAUCGCGUGGAUUAUGGUUUCUCUGUUCUUGGCAAAACCUUUAAACUCGGCCUAUCACCCAAUAUCGUAACACUCACCACCCUUAUCAAUGGAUUGUCUAGAGAGGGUAAUGUUGCCCGUGCCGCAAGAUUGUUUGUUGACAUUGUGGAUAAUGGUUUUCAGCCUAAUGUAAUUACCUGCAACUCGCUAAUAAAUGGCUUGUGUAGAGCAGGCAGGACCAAUGAUGCUAUUUGCUUGCUUGAGAAGAUGGAAGAUAGGGGUUAUAUGCCUGAUGUGGUAACAUAUACUACAAUCAUUGAUAGCCUAUGCAGGGUUAAAUUGUUUAUUGGAGCUUUAAAUUUGUAUUCUAAAAUGGUGCAAAAAGGCAUUUCACCUACAAUUGUCACUUACCAUUCCUUAAUUCAAGGUGCUUGCAAUUCAGGCCACUGGAAUGAGGUAGUGAGAAUGUGGAAUGAAAUGUUGGGUAGGGACAUCAGCCCAGACCUAGUUACUUUUAAUAUAUUGAUUAAUAAUCUUUGUAAAGAAGGCAGGGCUUUGGAGGCUCAGGUUGCUUUGGAAAAGAUGAUUGAUUAUGGCUUGGAGCCGAAUGUUAUCACAUAUAGUACCUUGAUGGAUGGAUAUAUUUUGCAAGGAAAAAUUGAUGAGGCAACAAAAGUGUUCAAUUUGAUGGUUGAUAAGGGUUGUAAGCCCGAUGUGUUUACUUAUAGCAUUUUAAUGAAUGGAUAUUGUAAGACUAAAAAGGUAGAUGAGGCAUUAAGACUCUUAAAUGAAAUGUCUCGAAGGGGAUUGUGCGCUAACGUCAUAUCGUACACUACCCUUAUAAAUGGAUUAUGCAAAGUAGGGCAGCUUGGGCUUGCUCAAAAUCUUGUUAGGGAGAUGGUUGCUCGUGGCCAGACCCCUGAUGUAGUUACUUACUCAGCUCUGCUUGAUGGCUUGUGUAAACAUGGAUGUUUUGAUGAGGCAAUUGCACUAAUCAAGAAAAUGCAUGAAGGUAGUAUAGAGCCUGAUAUCACAACUUAUACUGUCCUUAUCGAUGGUAUGUGUCGAAUGGGGAGGCUUCAUGUUGCCAGGAAGGUAUUUUCUGGCCUCUUUAUUAAAGGUUUCCGACCUAAUGCUUGUACAUACAAUGUAAUGAUUAAAGGACUUUGCAAGGAAGGGUAUUGCAGCGAAGCAUAUGAAUUGUUUAGAAAAAUUGAAGAGGGUGGUUGCUUACCCGAGAGUUCCUCUUAUAAUGCAAUAAUUCAAGGUCAUCUCCAUAAUAAAGAUACAUCAAUGGCAAAGAAACUUCUUGCGGAAAUGGUUGGCAAAGGGUUCUCAGCUGACGCGUCAACUGCAACCAUGUUUAUAGAUAUCCUAUCCAGUGAUAUAUUAAAAUCAUAUUUGUGAAGACAUUGUAAGUUGAUUUGCAAUUUCUCUACAAUGUUGUUGAUAUAUGUAAUACUUAAUAUCCUCCUACAUUUCACAUCUUUUCCAUCUAUGGACUCUUGCUCCUCUUUUAUUCUUUUUGUUCUGGAAAUCAAAUGUUUCAUUCUAUCGA